UGCUUCACACGAACUUUAAUAGUCACGUACACCGAUAGAUAUCUGUUGCGCAUGAGCGAUGUCCAAUGUGAUUAUGAAAGUAAAUAGAUGCGACAGUCCGUGUGUUUUGUGAAACAACGUUAAUUAACAGUAGAAACAUGUCCAGUGAAGAGAAGAGCUUCAGCAUCGCGAACAUCAGGAAUAUUCCUUGUGCCAGAGAGGCCAUACUGCACGGGGCUGGAGGAUCACUGGUCGCUGGGCUACUACAUUUCCUAGCCACUAGUCGGGUGAAGAGGUCUUUUGAUGUGGGGUUUGCAGGCUUCAUGGUUACAACACUGGGGUCAUGGUUCUACUGCAGAAUCAAUAACGCCAAGCUGCGUGUGCAGCAGAGACUGAUCCAGGAUGGCAUUAAGAACAAGGUUAUGUAUGAGGGGACCAGUCUGGACCCCACUAGCAAGCCUAAAGGAGCACAGUCAGGCACCUCAUGACCAACAAGUGAUCGGUCAUCUCACCCCUCCCCCUGUACUCCCUGUCGGACUGCUGCUGCAUAUGCCUUGCAUGCCUGUGCUCAUGUACUCUUGUCUCUGAACUGUUCACUGGUUGGGUGAGUUGAAAUGUGCACUAGACCAGAGGAAUGUUCAAAAUGUUCCUAAUGGUGGUUGUUUCCAUUUUGUAUUAUUUAGGGAAAGUGUACAUUUCAGGCAGGCAGAUAACUCCAACUUCUGUACCUCAGCCUGUUCUAAAUCUUUCUUCUUUAUGUCCAGUUUAUGUGGAUUAUGUUUUUGAAUUAUUUUAGUGACUAUGACUUAAGUAUUUUAUAUUAAAAUGCUACAUGUCAAUCCA